AGGCACGUUCCGGACGUCGAUGACGCACCGCAGACACGCGCAAUGGUCACCGGAAGCAUCGAUGAGAGGAAAAUAAAAAUCGAUCAUAAUCCUUGUUAUUCUUGAGGGGGAACUCUUGUCACCUGCUGGCAUUUCCACGGCGAAGAUUGGCACCUGCUGGCCCUUAAACACUAGCGCCUUGUCGGAGGGGGACGGCGGAGAGCAAAAAAAAAAAACAAAAAAAAAAUUGCCUCGUUUGCCCGAAGUUGCUGGCUAACUGGUUUUAGCUGACGUGUGGAGAAGUUGAGACUGGCAGGCAGCACACAGACUGAGACUAAACAAGCCGGGAUCAGCUCAGCGUCUGUCCGAACACAAGCAGCGGCAGCCCGGGGAGAUGUCGCGGAGCCCGAGAAUGAUCCACGGGAGACGGUGACUUCCACUGAAAGUAGCUCCAUGUAGACUGUCAACACUUGGCACACAAAGAAUCCCAGCUACACAACACGAGGAACAUCCACGGCUUCUGUCACUUUGGCCACAAACACAUGGUCUGCCAAUGACUUUGUCCUCCACUUCUCACCACUAACCUUUAUUACGUUGCAACAAUACAGAAGUGGGAUCGACAUGGCCCACCAGGCAACCCCUAGUUCCCAGAAGGCCCUGAUGAUGGAGUUGAAGUCCCUGCAGGAGCAGCCGGUGGAGGGCUUCCGCAUAACUCUUGUGCAAGAGUCUGAUCUCUACAACUGGGAAGUAGCCAUAUUUGGGCCCCCAAACACCCUGUAUGAAGGAGGCUACUUUAAGGCUCACAUCAAGUUCCCGGUCGACUACCCCUACUCUCCACCUACCUUCCGUUUCAUCACCAAGAUGUGGCACCCAAACAUCUAUGAGAACGGUGAUGUCUGCAUCUCCAUCCUGCACCCCCCAGUUGAUGAUCCUCAGAGCGGUGAGCUGCCCUCUGAAAGAUGGAAUCCCACCCAGAAUGUCAGGACAAUUCUGCUGAGUGUCAUCUCUCUCCUCAACGAGCCAAACACUUUCUCACCUGCAAACGUGGACGCCUCUGUCAUGUUUCGCAGAUGGAGGGACAGCAAAGGCAAAGACAAAGAGUAUGCUGAGAUCAUCAGGAAACAGGUGACGUCCACGGCGGCGGACGCCGAACGGGACGGGGUGAAAGUGCCCACCACACUGGCCGAGUACUGCGUCCAGACCAGGGUGCCGUCCCAGGACAGCAGCUCGGACCUGCUCUACGACGACCUUUACGACGACGACAUGGAGGAGGACGAGGACGAGGACGACGAGAGCGACAUGGAGUCCAUCGGCGAGGCCGGAGGCGCCAGCACGGCGGAGGACGGCGAGACGUCCACCAGAUGUUACGACAACCAGGACGACUCCGGCAACGAAGACUCGUGAUGUUGUGGAUAUUUACUCUUUGCCAACUCCCCCUAAGCCCCGCCCACUCUCCGGUGUGUGUGUGUGUGCGCGUGUAUACAGUGGGGUCAAAAGUCUACUGCCAAAAAAAAAACAACCCAACCCUUUUCAUCAUUUAUUAAACAAAUAAGUCCAAUAAUGUUUCUCCCAUACUUCACUAAAACUUUCCACCAUUUGCCUUAAUUGAAGCUUGCGCUCCACACAAAAGAUGGCAGCAGCCCAGGAGUGCUUUUGUUUUUGCUUUUGUUAGAUUUAGCAGGUGGGAAAUGUUCUUUUCAUCAACAGUCAAUUAUAUUAUUUCACAAUUGCCAAAGCAUUUUUUACAUACUCUUAAAAAAAAUAUUUUUAGUUUUUACGGCAAAAAUCUGGCAACUCAAUUGCCACAAUUUGACCAUUUAUUGUUUUUUACAGCCUACUAAGCAUUAGCAACCAGCUAAGUUGGCAUCAUUUUACAUAACUUUUACUGUUUCUUAUAGCAUUUUUGGGGAAAUGCAAAAACUACCUGCGCUUUUUAGGACUACCAAUAAAUCUGCAACAGUUUCUAGCAUGCAUAGAAAACUUGUUUUUUACGGAAAAAUACUGGCAAUACAGAUGGCAGAAUUUUAUCCCCCAAAAAUGGUUGAACAUUUUUUUUUCCAUCUAAAAUAAUAUGCUGUAGAACCACUGUGGGUUUUACAGCAUAAAACUGAUAACAAAAUGUUACAGUAAAAUAGUGUUUUUACAUAACAUUACGUUUAGAAAUCUCCAGUCAAUUGCCAGAAUUUUUUGGUAAAAUUCCAGUGUUUUUUACAAAAAAAAUUACAUUUUUUACGGUAAAAUUCUGUCAACUGAGCUGGCAGUUAUAUACUGUAAAAUAUAUGGUUGUUGUAUUACUGUAAAUGGAAGGUUCAACUGUUUUUUUAAUGAUUCAAUUCUGGCAAUUGAGUUGCCAUUUUUUUAUCGUAAAAAAGCUGUUGUACCAUUUUUUUCCGUGCACAGUAAAAUGCUGUAAAAAACAAUAAAUUUCACAGUAAAAUUAUGGCAACUGAUUUAAAGAGAUUUUAACGUAAAAAAACAUUAGUACCGUUUAUUUAAUUUACAUAUGUAGUAAAAAAACUCACUCAAUUUUACGGUAAAAAAAACAAACUAGCAGCUUUAGUCACCAGAAUCUCUCCGUAAAAUUCGGUUUUACAGAACAUUACUGUAAAUGCAAAAAAAACUAACAGUUUUUAUUUACGAUUAAAAAAAAAUCUCCAGUCAAUUGCCAGAAUUUUUAGGUAAAAUUCCAGUGUUUUUUACAAAAAAACAUUACAUUUUUUACGGUAAAAUUCUGUCAACUGAGCUGGCAGUUAUAUACUGUAAAAUAUAUGGUUGUUGUAUUACUGUAAAUGGAAGGUUCAAAUGUUUUUUUAAUGAUUAAAUUCUGGCAAUUGAGUUGCCAUUUUUUUAUCGUAAAAAAGCUGUUGUACCAUUUUUUUCCGUGCCGAGUAAAAUGCUGUAAAAAACAAUCAAUUUCACAGUAAAAUUAUGGCAACUGACUUAAAGAGAUUUUAACGUAAAAAAACAAAACAUUAGUACCGUUUAUUUAAUUUACAUAUGUAGUAAAAAAAAACUCACUCAAUUUUACGGUAAAAAAACACCUAGCAGCUUUAGUCGCCAGAAUCUCUCCGUAAAAUUCAGUUUUACAUAACAUUACUGUAAAUGCAAAAAAAACUAACAGUUUUUAUUUACGAUUAAAAAAAAUCUCCAGCUCAAUUGCCAGAAUUUUUCUGUAAAAUUAGUGUUUUUAAAGCAUUUUAACCGUAAAUGGAAAAACUAC